UCCCUAGCUAGCUGCUGAGCAUAGCAUAUUAUAGCAGAGAGCACAACACAACAACACAGACAUCAACAUUCUCUAAAUUCUUCUCCUUUUUCCUCUUUUCUCAGUUUUGUUUUCUGACCACCUUUCAAAGUUCAAUGGAAGGUGGCAGCAGUAAUUUACACCGAACACAACCACCACCUUUAACAAGAGCCUCACCUCCUGAUUCUGAAGACUUCACCACCUUGUUCAACCACCUCCUCCACCACCCUCCGCCACCAGAUAUGGAUCCGCAUAAUUCCGGGUCUGGUUUCAAUUUCUCAGAUCCUUAUGUGAAUAAUGCUUGCUUCCCUGACCCUCAUGAUAUCACUUCCUUCAAACAACACCAGAAUUUCACUUCUAUUGAGGUGAAGAAUGUUGCUGAGGCUUCAGAGUUGCCAUCAAAUUCUGUCCCACGACCACGUUCUUCUUCAUCAAAGAGGAGCAGAGCUGCAGAGUUCCAUAAUUUGUCUGAAAAGAGAAGGAGGAGUAAGAUUAACGAGAAAAUGAAAGCCUUGCAGAAUUUAAUUCCAAAUUCUAACAAGACUGACAAAGCUUCAAUGCUGGAUGAAGCCAUAGAAUACUUAAAGCAGCUUCAGCUUCAAGUGCAAAUGUUAAUGAUGAGAAAUGGUUUGAGCUUGCAUCCAAUGUCUUUAUCAGGAGGAUUACGGCCUUCGAUAUUUCCCCAGACCGGGUUGAAUAUUGAUGAAGGUAAUGGAUUUCGGAAUUCUGUCAGUGCAAAUGAUGAGAGUUUGGUUCGGUCUGCUUUUAGUUUUCCAGAGCAUUGCAGCAUCUCAAAUCAGUCCAUACCCUCAGUUACAAACAUAGCUACUUUGGAUACAUCAUCAAGUUUUCAACUCUCCAUUAAGGAUGCACUCGGCAGCAACAUGCCACAAAUGUUUCUGGAUACAGCAAAGAUUGGAAAGCCCCCUUCUCCAGAUUUAUCCUAAAGAGCUUGAAUUCAUCAUGAUCUACGCUUAAACUUGAAUUUGCUAACUGCAACAACACAUUCCAUUUGGAUCCGUGGUACAGUUUGACAAAAUCUUUGUGCCGUAUAACAGGUGCAUUAAAAUGUAAUAGCAUUUUAUAACAUAACAUAUUCAAUUGCAAAAUGAAGCUAAAGAACAUUCUGCAACA